UUAAUUUCUUUAAAAAACAAUUGUUUCUAAUAAUAAACGAAAAUUCAGCAUAGCCUUGUUAUUACCGAUUAUGCUAUUUAUCGAAAUUUUAAAUACCAAAUUCACAAAUUGUACGUUUGUUUCCUCAAGAAUCCUCCUUUUGAAAUAAUGACUCGAGGACCUAAUGGCACGUUCACUUAUUCUGGAUCAUCACUUCAGAUAAUCAAGUGGUUAGCAGAAAAAUUUAAAUUUAAGUUGUCCGUCAUUCCCAUUAAUCAAACUCUAGCCAAUAAAUUAGGUACUCAUGCGGCUGCGUUUUACCAACUUCAAAACGAUCAAGAUAUCAAUGGAAUAGUGCCCUCUUUCUUCCUAUCCAUGGAUCGGGUAGAAAGAUUCGAUUUUACGUCUUUUAUAUGGGCUGAAGGAUUUCGUCUUGUUUUGCCCAGACCCGGAGAGGAAAGCAGAUUAUUCGCUUUUAUUCGCCCAUUCCAACCCUGGGUUUGGCUGUCGAUUUUCGUCAGCGUUUUGGUUAUUGUUGGCGCCAUGAAGAUUUUUGAUUGGAUCUAUUUUCGACACGAUUUAAAUAAUUUUAUCGAUACGUCUGCGGACACAAAACAUAAUCCACAGGAUGGUGACGUAAAAGAAAAUUCAGUACCAAAAAGGAACUUUAUUUCCACCAGUAACCACGUGAUUUACGUAAUAAAUACACUUACGAAUCAAGGAGGGAGAGAAGCUUUCAGUCGCCACUCAUUUCGAAUCCUAGCUGGUUUCUGGGUUUUGUGCGCCAUGGUAUUGGUCAAUUCUUACACUGGAAUUGUCACUUCAUCACUAACAACGCCCAAACUGAAACCGUCUAUUGAAUCAUUAGAAGAAUUAGCAGCCAGUACAGAAAUUGGAAUAGUUGUCAGGAGUGACACACCGAUUGGAGCACAAAUUCUCGAAGCAACAUCCGGCAUUUAUAAGGUUCUUGGAGAUCAAGUGCGACUUCAUCCUGAUCGCAUAUUUGUCGAUCCGUUUAAAUUAAAUGCAAAAUUGGAAACUGGUCAAUUUGCUUACGCAUAUAUGAACACCUUUACCAUUGCGUUUGUGAGUUCUCAUUAUAAAAAAGAAGGGACGUGUCGUUUCAAAGUUUCGAAGCCACUGCCUAUUUUGACUGGAUUUUACUCAUUGCUCCAUAAAAAGGGAACUUGGUACACCAAAACCAUAAGAAGAGGACUGAUGGACUUGUGGGAGAGUGGCCUUGUUAAAUUUUGGGUGAAUAAUCUUCCUACCUUACCAAAGGCAGAUGCUUGUUUCGUCGACAGCAAACGUGGAGUCUCUCGCCCAGUUGCUAUCAAGUUAACUGAUUUGACUAGCGCCUUUCUAAUUCUGGGGAUCGGGAUCGGAUUAGCAAUUUUGGUUUUCAUGUUGGAACUUAUCUACUGGAAACUGCUGGCGAUGCAAAAGAAACUCGCUAUAGUCGAGAUCUAAGAUCUCAUAACGAAUAAGAAGAAUAUCGGUGACUUAGUAGUGGUUGUAAGGUAGAGUUUAGUAGUUGAAGAAAAAAAAAGAAACUAGAAAUUAUACGAUUAACUAAAUGUUUUAGAACUUACUUGGUAAUUAAUUUAAUUACAUAUGUGGUAGAUUAUAGUCAGAAUGCAGCAACGAAAAUGUAUUGUUAUCCUCGAUUGUG